AUGGAGGGAGACAAAUGCCCGUCCGAGCAGACGUUCGCCUUCAGUCCUCUCCCCGGCAGGACGCCGUCCUUCCUCCUGGACAGAGACACCUUGGCGCUGUUAAUGAAAUGGUCCAUGCUGGGGAGGCUUUCGUGUCGGUCCUACAGUUUUGACCACAACUUCCACCCUUACAACGCCGAACAGUUUGCACUGUGCUUCUUUAGAGACCCAGAAGUGGUUUCCAGCCUGAGAGACGUGGACUCUGGACUGUGGGUGCCUCUCGACAGACCGGUGGUGUCCGUCGGCGUGGAGCCCGUUCCCUGCACCCAGGUUUCCAUGGAGAUGUUUGACCCCAUCUACUCUUGUGGCGUCCUGAGGCCCUCGGGGCACGUGGUCAAAUGCCUUCACGACGUGCACCCCGACUACGAUGAACUCCGACGGGUGGCUCUCCCCCUUUCAUCUGCCCGUUUGAGUCUAUAUGUUCUGACAGGAAAUCAGCCUCUGACUGCCCUGAUCCCUCCAGAUGCUGCGGGAGGAGGACUCUGA